AAGGGAAGUUCGAAGCUAACGCAUCAACUAGGAAACAAUGGUCCAGAUCAAGGCGCACGAGCUCCGCACCAAGAGCAAGACUGAGCUGCUCCGUCAGCUGGACGACUACCAGCAGGAGCUGGCCCAGCUCCGCGUGGCCAAGGUCAUUGGCGGCGCCGCCUCCAAGCUGAGCAAGAUCCGCGUGGUGCGCAAGUCGAUCGCCCGCGUGCUGACGGUGUACAACCAGAACCAGAAGGCCAAGCUCCGCGACGCCCUGGGCAGCAAGAAGCACGUGCCCCUGGACCUGCGCCGCAAGCAGACGCGCGCCAUCCGCCGUCAGCUCUCCAAGCACGAGAAGUCGCUCAAGACCCUCAAGCAGCAGAAGAAGGAGUCGUACUACCCCAAGCGCCGCUUCGCUCUUAAGGCGUAAGCGUUCUGCUAGUUGCUGGGCGUGCGUCGGACUAAAUACACCCUCCUAAGCUUCCCGCCAUGUUUCGACACGGCGUUGAUCAAUU